CCCAUGUUGCCGCUUUAGAAAUGAAAGAUGACUGUACGACAGGGGAGGGAUUCUAGUGGGACUAGAUAUUGAAGGUUGCGUCAGUGGUGUGCAUCUAGCAGAUACGUCCCUUCAGUAAGAAACCUGAACGUUUUUUGGCUGGAAGUUGAAAUAUACCAGUGAUCUUCGGCGGGGGUGGUGUUAAUGGCUGUGCAUUUUCAGUUUUUUGGCUUAUGCAUCUUUAUUGACACCCCUUGUUGAUAAGUAUAGUAAGAAUGGAGAACUAUGAGGAGUUCUGUGCAAUGCACCUUACCAGGAUCCAGGAAGAAGUUUUGUCACAAGAUGAAUCCUUUGCACCUUCAGAGCAGAAUAGCAUCUCUCUUAUCCAGUUCCAUGGAGUCGCUGUGCUUGCACCCCUGCUAAGCCUUGAGAGAAAAAAAGAGAUGCAGCAGUACAAACAGAAGGCUGUUGAUGUAGAGGUGAUGAGACAAAAUGCCAAGAAAAACUCCUUGCUAAACCGUGUGCAGGCAAUUCUGGAAAGUGUACAGGUGAGAAAGGUACCAGAUACCAAUGAAAGUGGACCCCUGGAGGCUGUUAGCAGUCAUAGUUUAAAGCCAAAUCAGCAAAAUGGCUUUGCGAUAUUGCCUAAUUUUAGUAGUAUACCUCAUGUUGCCACACAGAGUAGACACAGAAGUGCUGAAAAAACUGCAGUGUCAAGUAAAUCUGCUUUGGGAAACAGUGGUAAAAAUUCCUCUGAAAUUACUACCCUCAAAGUAGAUUCAUCCUCUUCUGUAAGUCAAACAGACUAUUCUGUUACUGCAGAGAAUUCACCUUCCAGUAUUACUGAAACUAGAUUGCAGUCAUCUGCAAGUGCUGAUGAGAAAGAAAAAGAAAAAUUAGAUGCAGACACGUUAGAACUUGCCAAGGAAGACCCAGUGGUGCCUGAUCAUUAUGCAAUGAGUUUACAGAACCUUUUGAAAAAGUCAAAGGAAUACAUAGAUAAAGAAAAAGAGAGAAGCCAACACAGUCCUAAAAAUAGUACAAAGAGAAGACUAAGCGAAAGUCACUCUGACAAGGAAAAUGAUAUUGCUAAGACUGAUGCUUCCAUAAAGGAGAGAACUGUGUAUAGCAACAGAAGUAGGAGUUGUAGUCCUGUAAUAUUUGAUAAAAAAGUUAGUCCUGGUAGAAUAAUCCACGCAAACAGCAUGAGUGGUACAUUGUCUAGUUUCUCUAAAGUGGACAUUCCUGUGCGACCUUCAACGCCGUCAACAUUUGAGUCUGAUUCUGAUGAGGAGCUGAAGAGAAAUUUCAUUUUUGAUAAUGAAAGCAGCAUUUUACGGAGUUUGACUGGAUCUUAUGCCAAAUUACCAAGCCCCGAGCCAAGUUUGAGCCCUAAAAUGCAUAGAAGACACUCUCGAACGUUAUCAGCAGGGCAUAUAGUUAUCAGUAAUCCUGUUAAUGCUUAUGAGCUAAGUCCUAAGGGAAAAGAUGCACUAGUAACACAAAAUGGAACUGAAAAGAUUACUUACAAAGAAACUUUGAGAUUUUCCACAGAUGAAAUGAAACUUUGUAGCAGUAAACUUCAUGAGUCUACUGGAGGAACACCUGAAACAUCUGCCUUAACUUUGUCAAGUAACGGGCAUGUCAUAACUAAGGAUGUUUUGCAUAAAGAGGAAAGCAGUGUAUUUUGUGAAACUCCUGACAGGUGUGCCUCAGUGCAGUCUGUUAGAGGUCUGCAUUCUGAGGAGAGGGUUCCAACUUGUUUCAGACUACAUGAGCCAGAUGUAGCCAUUCAGCCAUCAGUACCACAUAAUGUGAAAAGCAACAAUGGCGCCAAGACAAACAGUCUACCGGAGUGGGCCAAACGAGGUUCGCCAGUUGAGCUGAACAAAUCAUAUGAUGUGGAAACACCAUCACCAAUAUUGCUGCAAAGCCAGAGUUUAAGACCUUGUCCAUAUCUUGCUCAGACUGUUUCCUCAAGUGAAAAGAGUUUGCAGAACAGUUUGGAAGGCAGCAUUAAACAUAAACUUGACAAGGAAGUGAUAGAAACAGUAGAUAUCAAAGGAAGCAAAGAAACCGCUGCCUCCACUUUAGGAGUAGGUCUCCAACAAGAGUCCAUGUGGAUGCAGAAAGCAAUUUGCCAUUCAAGUCCACUGUGUGCUAACAGCACUGAAGCACCAGUCAGUAUUAACUCUAUUGAUGAGGGAUUUAUCAAAAAGAGAAUGUUUGCCUUUGAAGAACUUAGGAAGAGGCUUGAAGAACAGCAUGCCCAACAGCUGUCAGAACUGAUAGCUGAACAAGAGAGAGAGCAGGAGAAAUUAAGAAAGGAGAUGGAAGACCAAAACAGAAGAUUAGCAGAAAAGAAAGAGGAGCUGACAGAAGCAGCUACACAAAACAGAAGUAGUGAAAUUAUGUUGAACCGGAAGGAAAAAUGUGUAUCUGGCUCAGUCACACCUAUGACGUCACCAGGAAACACAGGUUUUAGCUGCAGUCCGAAUCUGCACAACUCCAGUUCCAGUGCUGUAACAUCUAACACUUCAUUCUGUCACUGGAGUCCUGAGGACAGUGUUGUGCCAAAACUUUAUACUCCCAAAAUAUAUGGCAGAACCCGAACCAGGUGGUCUCAGGUGCCUGUAACGGAUAUACAUAUGAAAUUUGAAAAAGUGACUGCAUUAGCCAAAGGAUUUUUAACACGAAGACUGAUGGAAACAGAAAAAGUAAAAGCCCUCCAACAGACUGUUAAGGAUACAAUUGAGUUCAUUAAAACUUUCCAGUCUGAACCUUAUUCUAGAAGAGGACCAGUGUCUUCACAAGAUAUGUCAUUGCAGGAUCGAGUACUGGCUCAGUUACGGGCUGCUCUGUAUGAAAUUCAUGACAUAUUUUUUGUAAUGAAGCCUGCUGACAGAAUGGCAAUACUUCAUCAUGAUCGAGAAGUCCAUAAAGAAAAAAUGCUACGACAAAUGGAAAAAAUGAAAAGUCCACGGGACAGAGUUGUACUUUCUGCUGCUACCCAGAAAUCAUUGGACAGAAAAAAGCAGAGAAGAAUUGGUGAAGCAGUGCUACCGAAUAAAAAACCUCCCGUGAAACAAAACACACCUUCAGAAACUAGAAUUCUGCAGCCUAAUCAAGGGCAGAAUGCUCCAGUUCAGAAGUUACUUUACCGACAAGGCAGUGUGUAUGGAAAGGACCCGAAGAAAAAAGUUAAGCAGUGCUGCAGUUUAGGACGACAGAAUUCACUGGGAUAAAAGCAGAUGGAUGAAGCUGAUAUUGCCAAAGAUUCAGGACUGCUAGAAGAUGAUGCUUACUGAAACUGACAUAUGUGUUUGAUAUGCUGUAUGUCUACAGGGGCAUUUCCAACCUUAUUUAAGCCACGGAGCAAUCAUUUUGUCUGCAUAUCAUAGAUUCAAAGCUGUGAACACGUCUCAUCAUCCAGCAGAGCCUGUACUGCAUUGCAGCACAGACUAGUAGUCCAGAGCUCUCUGUAAUGAUGUAUGUAAAUGUAGUUUCUUGAAGUUUACAUUAUGGCACACUUUUUCCAUUGCUGCAUCUAUUGUAUCAGGAGUAUCUUGACUUGGCUUUAGCUUCAUUUAUUAAGAAGCAUGUUUCUCCAUGACUUGCCUGCCCCCAUCAGAGCUUUUUUAGAGGAGGAAAAUGCAUUUGUCUCAGGAAUAUUCUGUAGAAUGAGAACUUGGCCAAAUCUUUUCCUUUUGUUGUACAAGGUGAAGCACUCUGAUUGUUCUCUAAAGUUUUUGAUAGUACAAGGUUGUCAUUAACUCAGUUGUGAGUUGAUCCUCUCCUUGGAGAACUGAAAAUAAAAAACAUAUUUUGCUGCUUAAAAAUGUAUCUUUGGUGUAGUAACAUCAUAUCAUUGAAUAUAUUCAUAAAAAGAGGACACUAUUGUCAAAUUCACUGUUAGGUUUUGAACAGUAGUUUGAAGUGCUGUCAGUGCUCAUAACUCCAGAAUCUCUAACAUCACCAGUGACAGACUGUAAUCAGGCUGCAUUUUAAUUAUUUUUUUAUACUUAAUUACAUUUCUUUUAUACAAAAUUAAAAUAGCUAAUCUAACACAUAGAAUCCUCCAUGAUGGUCCUAUGUUUAUUUUAUCCACAAGUCUGCAUUUGGCAUUUUUUUUCUGAAAGUUCUUAUGUUCUUAUGUUCUUGGACAAGUAUUCUACCAUGAUGACUUAUGCCAUGGCAUAACAUGUUGAUUAUAUAAGCCUACUUCUCCCACCAUGCUGAAAAGUUUCCUUGGUAUUCACACAGUUUGAAUUUCAAUCCCUGCUAUCACUGGUAAAAUGUUCUUUGUUCCCAUGUGCUUUGUUUCUUCCCCAGUGCUUUUCUGCAUUUGAGAAGAAUAGUAAAAAGACAAUCAUAUUGGGACUUGGUCUAGAUCCUUCUCAACAUCCAGAAGGCAGGUCAUUAAUUUGCCUGCCAGGGUUUUACUGAGAUACUACUAAGAGUGUUGGAAUGGGGCCAUAGUCUUGUAGAGGUAAGUUUUUUUGUUUGUUCCUGCAGAUGACCAUUAGCUGCCACCAGCCAAUCUACUUAUUCACAGGGACUAUUGGACCGACCAUAUGUCCAGUGCCAUUGAGGAAAUAAAAUACAUUGGUGGAGUGUCAUAUUGCUGCAGGGUAAUUUUUUUUUAAUGCUGUUGUAAUGACCCCACCCCACAUGCACUUGUAACGUCAAGGAGCAAAUAUGCAGUGAGGAUGUACUGCUUAUCAUCCCUCCCCUAAGUGGUUCAAACACUGCACCCCAUGUAUCCCAGAAUACACUAGGGAUUAACAACAAGGUGCGCUUGACUGUGUGCCCUCCCCCCAGGAUUGAAAUGUCCCCCUUCCCUGCUUAUAACUCAGUCUCUGAAGCCGUUAAUAAGUCCAGGAUGACUGGGCUCAAGUCAGGGCUUUAUUCUUCUAUAUCACAGUCCUGGCUUGUAUUUUUUCCCACUCCCAUGCAGUCAACCAUCAGCUUGUCUCAAUACCCCAGUCUUAUGUCAGGUCAACCUGUCCCUUCUUAUCUCCCCUGCACUUAAUCUGCUUAGGUUGGAACUGAUGGGAAUCAUUAGGGCAUCCUGGGACCACACAUCAUCCUUAUUGCUGUAGAGUGUUGUAAUGACCUACACUUAUUUCCUCCCCUUCCUACCUCCUUACAUUCAUCUGCUAUGUCUACGGGCUACUCAUCUCCAUGAACCACGCUUCUUCACAGGAAAUCCCUAGAUGAACUACCUCCCCUGGAUGGACACACCCAUCUCUUCCUUUCAGUGCCUCAGACAACCAAGCUGCUAAUAAAACCUUGGUUGCAUGGACCAUUGUUAGAGCUUUGUCCUUCUCCAUCACAGCGCUGGCCAAUGCUGGCUUAUCUUGUACAGCUAAGUUUGUGACAUCUGCUGCCUCUUUGGUUUCUCAGAGGUGGCAAUCAUCCCCAGUGAGCAAAUUUUCAGCUCAACUCUAGCACUGCAUUUCUAAAGAGGACUUAAGACUGGAGAGAAGCACACUUCAACUCCUACCCAGAGGAGUGCAUCCCAUGGUGGUUAUUGCCUCCUUUCUCUUGCAUAAUGGGGUUUACCAUUAUCCAUCUAAGUAAAUCAGAGGGAGCAUCCCUUAGCAUUAUCUGUCAUGGAUUGGAGGUAUUGAGGCCUAGAUGCCUUCUCCUAUGGCCUCUCCCUUAGAUUGUCUGAUCUAGUCCGCUGUGAUUGUGGAAGAAAUGCUUGGAGAGUCCGCCAUGGGGUCUGUGAUCCAGGAUCCAGAGAUCAGAUGCUUGUUCAUCUUUGGAUGGCAUUUUGUGUCAUUAGUGUGGAACUUGAUCUGUAGGGUUGUUAGCAGGCUGCAAGUGCUUAAUUCAGAGCAUGCCCCCCACACACACACACAC